UGAAGUCCCAAAAUGCUUAAGCUUUUGAACCUAUUUGGAGUACUUGUUUUUUUAAUUGUCCUAAAUAAGUCAAUUGCGGACAUUCCCGAUUGCAAUUUCUACGAUACGGUGAAUAUUUCGGAUAUUAAAGAGGUGAAUAAUACAUUAAAGUAUGGAGACUUCAUUAUUCCCGUCAAUCAAACGGGACUAUAUGACUCUAUGGAAUUGGUGAAUGGAUCUAUUGUGACAGUGAAAAACCAUAGAAGAGCCUGUGUCUGUAAAAACAGGAAAUGCAUCCGGUUUUGCUGCCCCCGAAAAAAGCAAACUCCUCUUGGCUCCUGUAGCGAUGAUUUUGACAUUGCGAUAUCCGAAAUGGAAGAAAUGGGUAAAACCUUCCAUGACCACAUAAUCUUAAGAGAUUAUGCCUGUGAAGAUCUAAACAUCAGGGGAUAUACAUGGAUUGAGAACGAGCACUUUUUGGUUCAAUCCUUCAACUGGACUGAAAAGGUGGAGUACAAAAUCUAUAGGUAUUCAUCGAAGUUGCUGCCGCCGGCGGUCCGUGAAAUCGGCUUGAUUUCAUUGAUUUGUUAUAUUCUUACGAUUGCUGUUUAUCUAUACGUAAAUAAACUUCAAAACUUAGGCGGAAAGUGCUUCAUCUGUUGUCUCUUCUGCAUGUUUAUGAAAUGCCUUUUCUGGGUGCUGAAUUCUUGGAAAUUGUUGAAAGGCGUGCACUUUCUGGCAGGUUAUAUGACUUUCUUCUUCUGGAUGGCUUCCUUUCUUUGGUUCUUUGCCUUAAAUCAUGUAUUUUGGGAGAGAUUUGGGUUCGACAAGAGUAAGCCUGCACGGUUCCGAUUUAGAACCUAUUCAUUCUUUGUGUGGGACAGUGCUGCGAUGCUAACCGUACUCAUCUAUACCUUAAACUAUUUUUGGGGGAUCAACCCACGGUACAUGUGCCAGUACUCCAUUUGGUUAAAAGAGGGAAAUGUUUCCAUUUUCUAUGGAAUCUACUAUGGCCUAAUGCUGACUGUUAGCCUCUUGAACAUGAUGUUCACUAUCCUGACGGUAAGGAUUCUACGAAAGCAAAUAAGGGAUCUGAAGAAAAGCAACCCAGUGAUGGAGAUCAUGACUUACGUAAUGUGGUUGCGGCUAUCUACGAUCUUGGGAGUCACUUGGAGCCUGGAUUUAUUUCUCAGUGUUUUGCAAACCUAUCAUUUUUGGCCGCAGGUCCUGCGUUUUGCCGACUACUUUCAUGCGGCCUUUGGUAUAACCAUUUUUGUGCUAUUUGUCCUCAAGCGCAGCACGCUUCAAUGGCUGAAGGAGGGGAAUCGGGUUAAUAUGACGCAAAAACAUCCUGAUGCACACAUGGCCGAAACAUCCUGCUAG